AUUUUAAAAAAAUAUUAAAAAAAACCCAAUAAAUCAUAGAUGCACUCACUAAUAUUCUGGGGAAAAUCCAGCUCAAUUGAAGCAAAGAAUUGUGAGAUAUUGACAGUUCCAGUUGGCUGCUGAUGCGGCAAGUUUUUCUUGCCGUGAUGCACUUACAAACUGGACCCACUUGUCAGAAAUCAUGUCAACACAUCCAAAUGGUGGAUUAGACCUAGUUGCAACGAAUUACCCCAAUAUGUGGUGUUUUGUGCAACAAAUCUGUAAAGUAGGUGUUCUAUGCAAAACUAGCACCAAAAGUAGGUGGUUUGUGCAAUUUCCUCGAGUCCUAGACAUGUCGUUUCCCUAGGGCUCUGUGCAAGAUCAGGUGACGGAAUGUCUCUGGGAUCAAUAAUUUUGUCCCUUACCGGGUCUGGGUCUGGGUCUGGGUCUGGACUCUCGGAUCAUCCGGAACCCAAACAUGUUCUUGUUGGAGAAAAGCAACCAUGGAAAAGGUGAACGAGGAUACAUUCUCGUGUCUUGUGCGUUUCUAUUGGCGAAACGAUUUUCCUUCGUGUCACACUGCCUUAUGGAAUCGCUCUGGAAAAUAUAUAUUUUUAGAAAACGAUUAAAAAAAUAAAAAAUGAAGCACAGUAGGAAAGUUGUAAGUACUGAUUUCCCACUGGCAACGAGAAUCACCAUUUACCAUAGCUUAAAAAUUCAAAAUUUCAAAAGUUGUAGUAGAGGACAGGAAAGGAAUGACUGCUCCGGUUUGGAUCACAGCUAGCAAACGGGCCCAGCUCCCCCCGAACCAUAUAGGACUAGAAAAUCUCGCCCUCCUCUCCGCCCACCCACCUCUCUCUCUCUCUCUCUCUCCUCGCAAGUUGCGAUUCCCAUAUCCCAAUGCCACCUCGCAAUUAACACCUCCUGCGGCGGCACACAGCCUGCCUCCACCCCCGCCCUGCCAUCGCCCCCCGGCCGGCGCCCAUGACGUCAUCGUCGUCGCACCACCACGACGCCUCCUCGGCCACCUCCACCCCCCGCGCCGGGGCCGGCAGCACCAUCAGCAGCAACGGCAACGGCGGCGGCGGCGGCCACCACCACCCGCCUCCUCCGCGUGCGCAGCCGCACGGGGCCGCGUUCGUGCGCCUCAUGUGCAGCUUCGGCGGCCGCAUCCUGCCGCGCCCGGGUGACCACCAGCUCCGCUACGUCGGCGGCGAGACCCGCAUCGUCUCCGUCCCGCGCACCACCUCCCACGCCGUCCUCUUCGCCGCGCUCGCCAAGCUCGCCCCCGCGCUCUUCGUCCCCGGCGAGCCCACCCCGGCGCUCCGGUACCAGCUCCCGCACGACGACCUCGACGCGCUCAUCUCCGUCUCCUCCGACGACGACGUCGACAACCUCAUGGAGGAGCUCGACCGCGUCCACAGCCUCGCCGCCACCGCCAUCAAGCCGCCCCGCCUGCGCCUCUUCCUCUUCGCCGCCUCGCCGGACCACUCCCCUGCGGGCGCGUUCGGCUCCGUGCUCUCCGGCGUCGGCGACGCCUCCUCCGACCAGUGGUUCGUCGACCAGCUCAAUGCCCCGCCGCCCGGUUCCAUCGAGCGCGGCCGAUCCGAGGCCUCCUCGAUCGUCUCGGAGGUCCCGGACUACCUCUUCGGCUUCGACACGACCUCCGAGGAGCCCAGCCCCGGCGCGGGCGCGCAGCCCAAGUCUGACGCGGAGGUGGCGCAAGGCGACGACGACGACGACGCGCCGGCUCCCGUGCUGGGCGCUCCUCUGGUGCCAUACGUCCCGGAGAGCGCCCCGUGGCCGGCCCCGCCGCCACCGUACAUGGGGCAGCCGGUGUACUACGUGCCUGUUCGCCCGGUCCACUACCUCGACGCGGCUGGGCACGGCGGCUACAUGCCCGGGCCGGUUUACCACAUUGUCGGUGGGGGGAGAAACGAAGCCCCGGGAGAUCUCUACUCGUCUGGGGGCGUCGGUGGCGUCUACGGCGUCCCGCGCUCCAUGCCGCCAUUCCGUCAGGUGAUGUACGCGCCGCCACCCGCCACGGAAGUCUACUCGGUGGAGGGGAAGCCGCCGGAAGGUGAGUCCCACUCUCCGUAGGCGCAAGGGGAGGAAGAGCCAUGGCCGCAUGGGCUGUUCCUGCAGCUGGUUCAUUCUGAUGAUCGCUUAUAUCUGAGCUAAGAUUUUUGCAUUGCCGUGGUAAAUGUUCACUGUUUCUGCUGGGGUUACUCUUGGUAGCUGUAUAGGUGAGGGAGGUGGAGGAUGGAUGGGUCAUGGAUAUCACAAUUUUCGUCGAGUGAAAUAGAUUCUUGAAUUGUUAUUAUGUGAGUACAUUUGGUGUGAUUAGUACUAGUAGCAGGUUACUGUAAUGUGGGAUUGGAUUCAUAUAUAUUCUACUAGAAGAUUUUUUAUCUGCGAAACAGAAUGUUUCUGCAUUUUGUAUUCAUAAUAUGCUUGAUGCUGGAUGUAUCAUGGCCCAUGAAUGUCCUAUAUAUCUACUCUAGCUUUGAUGCGAAUGUUUGCAUA